AUGAAAACCCUUCUAUAUUCAUGGUCUAGCGCUGAAAUUUGGCAACAGGAAUUAAGAAGAUCCAUAGCUUUAAAAAGUUUUGAAAUUUAUUAUAGUAAGCUUCAUCCUCUCGUAACUUUCAGAUUUAGGGAGCCAAAAGUUCGACUUCUUAAAGUUGGAAAAGAUUUGGUGUUAAAAAAAGAUUCAUUGUGCAUUAAACGGAAUGAGAAAGGCUAUUCAUAA